AUGAGGAAGAAGGCUCGGCACCACAGGGUCCCCGUGCCCCAGCGGCCACCCUCCCCAAUCCGGCCGUCCCCCAACAAACAGACUCUGACCUAUGCCCAGGCCCAGCGCAUGGUGGACAUGGAGAUUGACGGCCGAGUGCACCGGAUCAGCAUCUACGACAAGCUGGAUGUGAUCUCGGAUGAUGACCCUAUGGCGCAGGAGAUUAUGGAGUGCACCAGCAACAAGGAGAACAUGGAGAAGCCUCAGCAAACACUGAUGCGCUCCGUCCGCUUAAAAAACAGCCAGGAGAAGAGGAGUGCAGCUGCGGUCGCACAGAACCACACAACACAUGGAGCUACAGCAGCACAGGCAGCACCAGCACAGACACUUCCAGAGGCCAAGCUCCGGACUGUGGAGUAUAACCUUCCAGCUGUCCCCAGGAGACCCCCAGUGUAUUAUAAGUAUGUGGAGAAGACGUCAGAGGAGCUGGAUGAGGAGGUGGAGUAUGAUAUGGAUGAGGAGGACUACGCCUGGCUGGAAGUAGUUAACAAUAAGAGGAGGAGUGAGGGCGUCAGUCAGCUAUGCAUUAUAGAAGGGGACAAAUCAUUACCUCCCAAAUUGGAACCCUCUGUCUCCCUUCCUACUUUCCUGCACUUCGAGAGUAACUCAGAACCCCCUACCCUUAAACCCAUCCACCCCAACCCCACUCCGGACAGCAAGACCCACGGACAGGUCAAAUUUGACCGGGAGAAACCCAACAACACAUUCUCAACCACUACCAAGACCCUUCUCAAUGGCCACUCUGAGCCCCAGAACCCCCUGCUUCUCUUAGAGGGGGGCGUGAGUGUGGUGGCCACCUCCACCCUGGCCCAACCCUCGGGGACAACUGUCAGCCGCCGCACUACCGUGCUCUUCAGAAAGUCCAAGACCUCUAGCCCUGGGAAGAACCAGGGGGGGAGAGGAGGAGGCAAGGCCCAGACAGGGUGCCCUCAGCUGGGCACCAAGACCUUCCUGUCGUUGAUGAUCCCCAGGCUGGAGACCCUCCUCCACCCCAGGAUCAGGAAGAGGAGCCACAGUCCCAGCGUGGGGAUCAGCGAGGGGGGUGGAGACGGGGAGGACGAGUCCCCUGUCAAACACAUUGACACAGGCCUGUCUAAUGGUUUCGUGAUGGAGGAGGUUAUUGAUGAAGAGAAGGAGCGAAGUGCCAGCAGGCCUCUAGAAACCAGGAGACGGUGUGCCUCUGAGUCCAGCAUCUCAACUAGUGGUAGUCUGCUGGGCAGCACCAGCAGCACCCUCAGUCUUCCAACAUGUGGUAAGGGCAAACCGGCCCUGGUCCGAAGAAACACUGUGGAUGAUAAGAACGAGCUCAUUGCCUGUAUAGAAACUGGGAACUUUGCCAGAGCUGCUAGGAUUGCUGCCGAAGUUGGCAAUAACAAUAUUUGGAUGCCUGCUAGUGCUGCAACAGUUGUUCUGGAACCUCUAAAGCUAGUUUGGGCAAAAUGUAGCGGAUACCCUUCCUAUCCUGCCUUGAUCGUUGACCCCCACAUGCCCCGGAUGGCAUGCCAGCACAACGGGGUGUCUAUCCCUAUGCCUCCCCUCGAUGUCCUCCGGGUCGGAGAACGAAUGCAGUACAAGAACGAAGAAAAACUCUUCCUCGUCCUAUUCUUCGACAACAAACGCAGCUGGCAAUGGCUUCCUAAGUCUAAGAUGGUCCCUCUGGGGAUCGACAAGACCAUCGACAAGAUCAAGAUGAUGGAGGGCAGAUCAUCCAGCAUCCGUAAGGCUGUUCAGACUGCCUUCAAACGUGCCAUGAACCAUCUUAGCAUCGUCCAGGACGAACCUGUCAGCGACAUGACUGACGUGGACUAA